AGGAUUGCUGUAUCCCCUAUGGCACGCCACACCCUCCAUAUGAGUGGGAGGAGCCAAAGAACCCGACCCCCCACUGCGCACGCGCAGGAGAGGCGGCAGCACCAUAGCAAAUCUGACUGCAGUUCCGUCAGCAGCGUAACCGCUAGCUACAGCGGAGCCCUAUACCCCCCCGUGUGUUGUCACGAGCCCACAUUAACACCGCAGAAAACUGACGGUACACCCGCCGUCCUCAUAAGCACAGGACCACCAAAGAACCCCCCCUCCUGGUCUGAAGUGAGGAAACAAACAUGGCGACGUCCAGCUCCUGCGUUGUGAUCAGUGAUGAGGAGCAGGGCUACGACCUGGAUCUUUUCUGCAUCCCCAAGCACUACGCUGCUGAUCUGGAGAGGGUUUACAUCCCACAUGGUCUCAUCUUGGAUAGGACAGAGAGGCUGGCCAGAGAGAUCAUGAAGGAAAUGGGGGGACACCACAUCGUGGCCCUGUGCGUGCUGAAAGGCGGUUACAAGUUUUUCGCCGACCUGUUGGAUUACAUCAAGGCUCUGAACAGGAACAGCGACCGCUCCAUUCCCAUGACGGUGGACUUCAUCCGCCUCAAAAGCUACUAUAAUGACCAGUCAACUGGGGAAAUCAAAGUGAUCGGUGGAGACGAUCUGUCUACUCUAACUGGCAAGAACGUCUUGAUUGUGGAGGACAUCAUUGACACAGGAAAGACGAUGAAGACGUUAUUGCAGCUCCUCAAGCAGUACAACCCCAAAAUGGUGAAAGUAGCGAGUUUGUUGGUGAAGAGGACGCCACGGAGUGUCGGCUACCGGCCCGACUAUGUUGGAUUUGAAGUCCCGGAUAAGUUUGUGGUGGGAUAUGCUCUAGACUACAACGAGUAUUUUAGAGAUCUUAAUCAUAUCUGCGUUAUUAGCGAAACAGGGAAGGAGAAGUACAAAGCAUGAGGAGCACUUUGUCUCGGUUUGGUUGCACCGUUUUCUUUUACCGUUCAUUUCACGUUUGAUUGCUUUGUGUGGAUGAAACACUCGGCCUGAUCAGGGUUCACGAGGACACACCGAUGAAGACGAUCCUGCCUUUAUGUUUGAGUCGCAGAACAGAUACAGUAGAUGCUAAACUGGUUGCCCUAGAAACCAAACGCAUCUGGGUUAAAGCGCAUGAAGUCCAGACUCAGGCUAUAUUGAUGUGAAGCUUUUAUGCCCCUGUGCUAAGCUAAAAAAAUGCUGCUAGCUUAAAGUACAAAAUGAAAACUAUUGUAAAUUUCUAGCCCUCUAUUUUUAAAAAUAUCUUGUUUUAGUGUAAUUCCUGGACUUACUGGCAAUUGAUCUUUGAACCUCUUAAAAAAAAAGAUUGUUUCAAUUUAUUGUCCGUUUGUAUAUUUUGGGACAAUUUUGAGUCACUGUGUCGUAGAAUCACCCGAAUGUGAUCUCCGAUGUGUGGUUUUGCCAAAGAUGUAAUGCCAUCCUGUUUGUUCAAAGAUUUCAUGAACAUCCAUUCAAAACUGAAUUCAUUUGUGACUUAAUGGACUAUUUAAAUUGUACCAAAUGUUUGGUAAAUACUUGAGCCAUGUUAAAUAUUAUUCCCCAACAAACAAACUUCUAAUAAUUUCUAUCCUCCGUUUGCUAAACCAGAGAAAUGCUUUUCAAGCCCAUUUUUUUCCCCUUCAAGCUGCAAUGUGUUCACUUAUUUUGAAAUCCAGAACUUCUGCUACAUCUGUUAAUAAAAUGGUUGAACCCUGA